CGUCGUAAAGAUAGCAUUGCUUUCGCUAUUAUCGUUCCGAGGUGAAAAUUCCAUCUGAACCGACAAAUAAAGACACAAUCAUGACUCAGCUUGCCUUCAGCGGAUUGAAGAUCAUAAUUUUGAUACUCGGACUGACUGGCCAUAUUUGUUGCGCAGCACUUGGAACCACGUGUGAUGCGAACAAUGCGCAAACUGUUUGUACAGAGGCAAAUGCAGAUUGUUCUUCGGGGAAAUGUUCUUGUCAGACAAAUUUUGUAGAAGAAAAAGGGCAUUGCCUGAAAGCUGUUGGCCAACAAUGUGCAGCAGCCACGGAAUGCGUAUCAAAUGCUGAUUGUGAUACAACUUGUAAAUGCAAAGAGGGGUUAGUUGAUACAAACGGAUUGUGUGCAAAACCACUUGGAACCACGUGUGAUGCGAACAAUGCGCAAACUGUUUGUACAGAAGCAAAUGCAGAUUGUUCUUCGGGGAAAUGUUCCUGUCAGACAAAUUUUGUAGAAGAAAAUGGGCAUUGCCUAAAAGCUGUUGGCCAACAAUGUGCAGCAGCCACGGAAUGCGUAUCAAAUGCUGAUUGUGAUACAACUUGUAAAUGCAAAGAGGGGUUAGUUGAUACAAACGGAUUGUGUGCAAAACCCAAAGUAUCGGAAACGCAGUGCCACAGCAAUACCGAAUGCACUGUGUCGAACUCCGAAUGUGACACACAAGCGACAAAGUGUAAAUGUAAAAAUACUUUUACAGAAAGUUCACCUGACGGAACUUCAUGCACUGCAUCAACACAAACAACACUUGGCACCACGUGUGAUGCGAACAAUGCGCAAACUGUUUGUACAGAAGCAAAUGCAGAUUGUUCUUCGGGGAAAUGUUCUUGUCAGACAAAUUUUGUAGAAGAAAAUGGGCAUUGCCUGAAAGCUGUUGGCCAACAAUGUGCAGCAGCCACGGAAUGCAUAUCAAAUGCUGAUUGUGAUACAACUUGUAAAUGCAAAGAGGGGUUAGUUGAUACAAACGGAUUGUGUGCAAAACCGUCAUCUGCUACAUCAGUUAAGACAGCCCUGAGCGUCAUGAGCAUACUGACGAUGUUGAACAUUCUUUUGAAAAUGUUUUAAAGAUUAUCUUCGCAACGCUAAGAGAUGGUGUACGUGUUUGAUGGAACAUAUUAAGUAUCUAUUUUAAACAAAUAUUACUAUAUUUGUUUCUUCAAAAGGAACAACAUAGUGUGUGAUGGCUUGUUCAUUGUAUUUCUUGUUGAUGACUUAUAUUUAUUUUAAUCUCUUUAAAAUUUAAACGCAAUAUAUAUUAAAUUGAACUUAAAAUUUGACACAAGAAUAAACACUCGAAUUAUAUGCAUGUAUAUUAGGGCUUCUAGUAUCACGGUGGUUAAACUAAACGGUAUUCUUUCUAUACUGUCAAUUUAUGCGUUAUAUAGUCCUUCUUUGUGAUUUGCCACCUGUUUCUUUAUAUACAUUUACAUAGUGAGUGUUUUAGAAAGGUUGUCAGAUCUUCAAAAUUUGCAUUGUUUUACAUAAAGAAGUAAACAUUAUUUAUAUUUUAAGAAUUUGUACGGAACAUUUCAUAUAUUUUACUAAGUUAAACAUGUACCGUCCCAUAUUAUACAUUAAACAUGCAUAGUGAAUAAAAAUCAUUAUGUGUUGUAAGGGGCUACGGGUAAGGUACGAAUAUGGUGCCGGAUAUGUAGCGAUAUUUGUUGGCAAAAGUUUGUAUACGAAAUUCAAUAUUCUUAUAGAAAUUGAACUAAACGGGUCUUACUGUGGGUUGUUGGCUUUUUAAAUUUGUUACUAAUCCGAUGGUCCCCAGUUUUUGUUUAUGUUAAACCUGUGAUAAUGUGUCUUAUGUUGCAUUGAGAAGUUUAUUUAAUGAACCGUCAAUGUAUUGUGGUUAUUUUCUAUGUUCAUACAAUACUUCUACGACAGUCUUGUCAUGUUUUUUUUUAAUUAUUUUUUCUCGAAAUUUAUGUCCUGCCUUUGUGAUAAAUACAUAAUUUUCAACAAAGAUUUGCUUUUUGUGUGUUAAUGAUUAUUUCAGUCAUUUUGCAUAUAAGAUUGAAUGCUGAAUUGUUGUUGUUGCCGAUGAAAAGAAUAUGUAAAAUAAAUAAAUGACGUGUUUUCACUUUCUCUAGGAACAUUUCUGAAAAA